AUGACGGCGGCGGAGAAACGGGUCCAAGAAGCGAGAGACCGGGAGGCCGAACGGUUCCGCGAAUGGCUCGAUUCAAUCAAGGUCCAUCAUAAGCAAGUCGCCAAACAGGAGAAACAAAGACGCGCGGACAAGUUGAUCUCUGCCCUUCAUGCGGCUUAUUUGGCGCUUCAGGCCAAAACUAAUAACUGGUCAUCGCCCAAUCGCUUCCAAAAUUUCUCAAACGAUUUUUGUAAAUGUGACCGGUCCAAAGUCAAAGAUCGUCGCGUGAAUUUGAUCGACCUCGACAGCCGGCGGAGAGAGCAGAUACGCUUCUGUUGUUGCGCUUCCGAUAACCUCCAUUUGCUUGCCCGCGGGUACAUAGGAGCCAGCCCCUUUGCGCCACACACCGCCUUCUCGAUUCCGCUUCUCAGGUCUUAUAUUCAGCUCUGGAAGCAGUGCGAGGCUGGUAAUCUACCGGUUGGAACGCAGGUAUGGCUGGAGGCCAAGUUCGGCGACCUCCUGACACCAUCGGGCAACCGACAAAGAUUCCAGCGACAUUUCCCAAUAGCAGUCGGCAUCUACGGGGCCCUCCUGGACCGAUCGAACGAGACUCCCGAAGAUACUCUGAACCUGACGAAAGAAGAAGCCGCAGGGCUCGUUUCUUGUCCGGUCUGUUCGGGUCGGACGAUUCGCGAAAGCAGAGAGACCAGCCCGAACGAGAUCAAUCGGCCAUUAUGA